GCGGCUUUCACAUCCGGGCGGCUCUCUCACUUCUCUUCAAACGCAAUUCGCUUCCCUUCCCCUGUGCUGCUGACCGGGGAGGUCCGUGGCUACAGAAGAAACCCCUGAAUCCCCGCACCUUCGUCGGCGUCUGGCACGGCCCUCCCCUCCCCCCGAGGCACUGCUCUCCCGCACAUCCGGUCGCACAUGACGCUGGCUCCGCCGAUGGUGGUGCACGGCGCCGAGCGCUCCCCGUCGGUGCGACAUCUCCGCGCUGUAGUAGCAUCGCUGGCUAACGUUAGCUAACAACAUCGAUCUCUCUGCUGCUCCAGCCCCCUCUCUCCCACCGGUCGACCCCUCGCUACCGAACCGCCACAUUAACCGCUGAUUGAUAGCUAACACUGGACCACCGAUGGCAUCCUCCCUCCCAGCUCGUCCAUCGUCUAGUGCAGGAGACCCGUUAGUUUCCUAACGGAUUCAGGGCCCGCAGAAAGAGUAACGCUAGCGGGAGUUGUAACCCGUGAUAUUUCUAUUACCCACACCCGUCCCUCCUCCCCCGUGGCCUUUUCAGGGGGUAUUGCUUUUCUACCUCAACACCCUGAUGCUUCCCUGUUUGUAACUUAGGCUGCUCUGCUACCCAGACUCCAUAUAGUCGCCUUUUAUCUCCGCCGACAACGACUCUGCUGCUUGUGACAAUCCGACCAAGGAGCGCUGCUCGGCGUGCACCGACCGCAGAGAAUCCCGGUGGACGUCUCCAGGUCUCUGCAUCCCCGUCUCUCCUUUUCUCGGUCUGGCUGCAGGCGGGUUCUAGCCAGCUGCUCCGUUCCACUUCACGCCCCCACACACCGCCUGUUGACGGGGACUGUGCCUCCAGCUCGCUCCAGCUCGCCCGCGGUCCUCCACCCCAGCAGAUCCCCAGCGCCCGAGCCACGGGUCUCGUCAUGCCGGGUCCGGUGGCCGGUAGCAAGUCCCGUGUGUACGCAGAUGUCAACACGCUGAAGAGCCGGGAGUACUGGGACUACGAGGCCCACGUACCCAACUGGAAUAACCAGGAGGACUACCAGCUGGUCCGGAAGCUGGGCAGGGGCAAGUACAGCGAGGUGUUCGAGGCCAUCAACAUCACCAACAACGAGAAGGUGGUCGUCAAGAUCUUGAAGCCAGUCAAAAAGAAGAAGAUCAAGCGAGAGAUAAAGAUCCUGGAAAACCUGCGAGGAGGAACCAACAUCAUCCGACUGGUGGACACAGUCAAAGACCCAGUGUCCAGAACUCCAGCUCUCGUCUUUGAAUGCAUCAAUAACACAGACUUCAAGGAGCUGUACCAGAAGUUGACAGAUUACGAUAUCCGCUUUUAUAUGUAUGAACUACUGAAGGCUCUGGACUACUGUCACAGUAUGGGAAUCAUGCACCGUGACGUCAAACCCCACAAUGUGAUGAUUGACCACCAGUUGAGAAAGCUACGCCUGAUAGACUGGGGUUUGGCGGAGUUCUACCACCCGUCCCAGGAGUACAACGUCCGCGUGGCUUCACGCUACUUCAAAGGCCCUGAACUUCUAGUGGACUAUCAGAUGUACGACUACAGUCUAGACAUGUGGAGCUUGGGCUGUAUGCUGGCCAGUAUGAUCUUUCAGAAGGAGCCCUUCUUCCACGGGCAGGACAACUACGAUCAGCUGGUGCGGAUCGCCAAGGUCCUGGGAACGGAUGAGCUAUUUGGCUACCUGCGUAAAUACCACAUUGAACUGGACCCCCGCUUCAAAGACCUGCUGGGACAGCAGAGCAGGAAGCGUUGGGAACAGUUUGUGCAGACAGAGAAUCAGCACCUGGUGAGUCCCGAAGCACUGGACCUGCUGGACAAGCUGCUACGCUACGAUCACCAACAGAGGCUGACUGCUACAGAGGCCAUGGAGCACCCCUACUUCUACCCAGUGGUAAAGGAGCAGUCUCUGUCAAACUCUGACAACAACCUGGUAUCCAGUGGAAACACUACAGCACGGUGAAACCUAGAGGUGGAAGAAGAAGGAUGUUUGUUACCUCAACUUUGUACCCGGUUGUGACAGUAACUUUGACAAGUGUACAGUGACAAUGGAUCAAAGUAACUCUGACCAGUUACACACUCACAGAUUUGUGCAUACAGAUACACACACACACACACACACACACACACACGCACACACACACACACACACACACACACACACACACACACACACACCCUCCUCCUCUGUAUCAGUCUGUGAUUGGCUUGUCCUGGUUCCCUGUUCAGCAGUUCGACCAAUGAGCUUGAAGCUUCUUCCCCUUCGUCCCCUGAAACGGUCUUUGUCCUUCCAGCUCAUGUAGGUCAACAAGGACAAACUGCAGUUCAGUCCCUCUCUUCCUUUUUCCCUCAAACCCGUUUAAAUCAUUGGCUCAUCUUUUGCAUCAGCAUGGAGAAUAAUCAGGAGUGUGAGCCUGUACAAGUCCCCGACCCUCAAAUAGCCCCAACCCAUUUCUCCAUUCGUCUGUCUGACCCUCCUCCUCCCCAUCAUGUACCCCAACAGGCAGACGGAUGUCUUAGCACUACUCCAGUUCUGAAAGUGGCAUGGUGGACUCUCUAGAUAGAAUGAUGAUAAUAAUAUUAAUGACAAAUAAAUGAUUUUUAUUUAGAUGAA